AUGUUUAAAUUACUAAGUAAAUUAAGCAUUUUAUUAUCAUUUAUACAGUUGUGUGUUUCUAUGAAUAGUUUUUUGUAUUUUAAUAAGAGCGAGUUCGUGCAGAGGGUGUCUAAUGGUAGAGCAGCCAAACUCGGAGAUGUACCGUAUCAGGUUGCUUUUAAAGCUUUGUAUUCAAGAAUUCGUAAUUUGUACGUCACCUUCUGCGGUGGUGUGAUAAUAGGGCCUGCGAAGCUGAUCUCUGCUGCACAUUGCUUUGAAGAAAAAAAUUCUUACUGUCGGAAGUUUUGGAGUAAGAGCACUGAAGUAUCCGAUCGUGUUUUAAGACGCGUCGUUGCCGUCGCCGGUAAUCUUCAGAAUAUCGUAGCUUAUUCUUACAGAGACAGCUUGCAAAGUGGCCAAUGGAGGAGCGUUUAUAAUAUCAUAUAUCCUACAAAUUACAGAUUCCCGGUACACGACAUAUCGAUCAUCACAUUGAAUCAUCCAUUUACUUUCAACCAAUAUGUAAGCUCCAUACCAAUAGCGUCACAGUUUAUCGAUUAUCGAGGAAAAUGCUUAGUUUCGGGUUACGGAAGGAUUACAGAAACGAUUUCAUCAGAAAAACUUCUUCUAGCAGAUUUAGAAAUAAUUCCAGCGAGAUUCUGUUCCGCACUACACAAUACAAAUAUGCAACAUUUUGUCUGCACGUCAGAUCUAAGCAGUGAUGUCAAAAAAGGCGAUUCCGGGGGACCGCUGGUUUGCCGAGGCACCGGCGACCCUAACGACAAAGGUCGCGGCGUGGUAUUUGGCAUUGUCAGCGGUAACCGCAGAGGCGUCGGCUCUUUUUUCACCAGAGUAUCGUCUUAUCAUUCGUAUAUCGAAAAUAAAGGAAGCUGUAGAGACGUAACAUUGUUAUAUAUGUUGAUAUCAGUAAUAAAUUUCGAACUAUUUUUAUUUUGA